AUGCUCCGAGUCUAUCUGUUCCAACUCGUGGCACUAGCGGCCGUAUUCAUCUGUUCCACUUUCGCAACUCAUUUGGGAAUGGUUCCCGUCGAGAUUGAACAACAAGGCUACGGCGAUUUCCCUCUCUGGCUCUGGUACUCCGAAUUAUCCCCUUCCUACACUCCAUUUCGGUCGAGUGUACGACAAACAGAACCGAAGACAACACAAAUUGAUCAAACUGCGGCACAGAAACGCACUUCCAUCAUGGACCCAAUCCUAUUCAAGAAACGCAUGUCAGUGUUGGACCCAAUUUUGUUCAAGAAACGCAUGUCUUUCAUGGACCCGAUUCUGUUCAAAAAACGCAUGUCAGUGUUGGACCCGAUUUUGUUCAAGAAACGAAUGUCUCUCAUGGAUCCGAUCCUUUUCUGA